AUGGCUAAGCUUGGCGAGGGCGACCAGCGGUGGAUCGUCAAAGAGCGGGAGGACGGUCGGAACUGCAACAAUUGGCACUGGACGUCCAAGGACGUGUCGAAGAACACGAAGGAGGAGCUGAUCCGCUGCCUCGAGGCGUGCACCUUUGAGCCGCCCAUCGCGCUCGCCAGAGUCAAGUCGGCCGAGGUGACGGGCGAGGCGAGCAUCAACAACCGCAAGGGGAAGAUCUUCCUCAUCUACGACCUGGAGGUCAAGCUCAAGUGGGAGGCGAGCGACGGCGAGGGCGGAGAGGCGUGCAAGGGCUCCAUGAAGCUGCCGGACGUGAGCGCCACGAUGCUCGACGACCUGGACUGCGAGUUCACCUGCAAGUCGAGCGGCGGCGUCGCCACCGCCAUGCGCAAGCAGGGCGUGGCUGCCGAGGAGGAGGGCGAGGACAAGCUCCCGCCGGCCCUCGAGGCGGCGCUGCGAGGGCUGAGGCAGGAGCCAGAGGCGCAGCGAGAGGCGCUGCACCACUCGCGCUGCGCCGUCGAGACGCUCGACCUGGCCUUCAACCGGCUGAGCGACGCGGGGGUGCACGUGCUCUGCAGAGCGGUCGCGUCGGGAUGUGCGAUGGAGCUGUCGAGCUUGCGGCUCGGAGGCAACAAGCUCUCGCCCGCCGGCCUCGCGCUGGGCCAGCCCGACCUGCUCGUCGACCUCAAGCCGCAGCUCAAGGACGCGCGCUCCAUGUGCCAAGUGGGGAACGUCUACCCGGGCUCGCCCGCAGCGACGGCUGGCCUGCGGACGGGCGACUCGAUCAUCGCCUUCGGCCCGCUGCUGCACGCCGGUUUCAGGGGCGUCUCCGAGUCGAUCGUGCCCGCCGUCAAGGCGUCGGUCGGACGGCCGAUCGACGUGGUCGUCGUGCGGAUGGGCGAGGGCGCACAGGUGCAGCAGCUCGCGCUCACGCUCACGCCGCAGACCUGGUCCGGCGGCGGGCUGCUGGGCUGUAUCCUCAAGCGCCAGGACGAAGGAGACAAGCAGAACGGGUCCACAGCCUUCAUGACAAGCACGAGGAGCCAAAGCAGAAAGGGUCGACAGCCUUCGCGCGCCUGCAAGGUAGGUGCAGGGUUCUGGGCCUACGACGAGUCAUCCCCAGUCGUCCCGCGCGACAUCAUCUUUGGCCCGCUGAAGGGAGACCGGGCGACUGGCGCUGUCAUCUGGCUGCACGGCCUGGACGACACGCCCGAGUCGUGGGCAAUGCGGCUCGAGCCCGAAAGGCGGCGGCAUCCGCGAUGGAAGUGGGUGCACCUGCGAGCGCCAGAGCGACCAAUCACCUGCUACGAAAAGAUGCGGCACCCGGCGUGGGGAGACUUCUUGGACUCGGGCGCCGUACGGGUGGGGUCGCGCGACUACGAGACCCGCGACCCCAAGGGGUGGUACGCCGAGAGCGUCGCACGCGUCCACCGGGCCAUCGAGGCGCUCGCGGCCGAGGGGGUCCCUCCCUCGCGCACUGCUCUUGUCGGCUUCUCUCAGGGCGGUGCGCUGGCGGCCGAGGCGGCGCUGACGCUCGGGGCGCGGCUGGCCGGGUGGGGGCUGCUGGCCGGCUGGCUGACACCGCGGGCACGCGCGGCUCUCGUGCGGAGCGCAAAGACGGGCGGCCUUGCCGGCUCGCGGGUGCUCAUCUCGCACAGCAGCGGCGACGAGCAGGUGCUCUUCGAGUGCGCUACCCUCGCGGGGCAAAAGCUGUCCAAGGCGGGGGCGCGGGUCCAAUUCGCACAGCUGGCGGGCGUCAUGCACGUCGCGGGCGAGGCCCAGAUGAGAAAGAGCGCCCUCACCUUCCUCGAGGAGGUGCUCGACGGCACACGCGCACCCGCCGCGGAGGCGCCUGCCGACUACCUGCCCGCCGCGCCGCCCGCCUGCUCCAUGCCGCAACGUGCUGCUGCAGCCUUGCCGUCCGCCGCGGCCGCUGGACGCCGCAAGGGAAUCGCAAAGCCAAAGAACACAAAGCCGUGCCCCGCUUGCGUGGGCAGGCACCGCGCGCACACGUGUGAAAAGCGGCGGCGUUGA